CUUCAAGUCACAGACUCACGACUUAGUAGCGUUCCAAGCUACCUAACGUUAACGCUGUUUUGAUUAGAAUGUGCUGAAUUACUUUACGUCGCCUAUUUAUGUGUAUUUAUUUAUAUUUCUCACCGAAAAAACUGUAACUGGGAGUACAACGAUCUGGUACGAGUUCCCGAGUAGGCCUUUAGUAAGAAGGUUUAAGAAGGUUGUGAAACCACGAGUUACGGGCUACCUGGAAGGGGACAAUGGUGGAAGGCGACAGUAGUCACCACUCAGUCAAAUACUAACACUGGUACAUGUCUGGUGGUUAGACUGCAUUGCGCUGAGAGGAGGCAGGUUGUCAAAACAUCUCAGAAGUGAUGAAGACGUUUACUUCUCUCCUGGACGGAUCAUUUUAAUAACUUUUCUCCUGUUUCCUGAAACUAUCCUGGGGAGAAGAUGAUGUAGAUGAUGAUGAAGAUCCUGCUGCUGAUCAUCAUGCUGACCUCCUGUGUCUCUGGAACAUUUGUAGUGAAUGUGACCCAGAGCUCCUAUCAGGCAGAGGAGAACCAGGACAUCACACUGGAGUGGACCUUCACAACCAACAACCACACUUCCUCCAACUCUCUUAUUAUCUUGUGUCAUCUGUUAACUGAUCUCAGACCCUUAGCACUGUUUUAUCUCCAUGGAGGAGUUGAGGUCCCAAAGUCUCAGGAUGAACAGUUUGCAGGACGAGUCCAGUGGGACAAAGACGUCCUCAGAGAAGGACGAAUCAGACUUCAUGUGUCCAGACUCAGGAAUAAUGAUUCAGGACUGUAUGUGUGUAAAGUGUUCACGAGUUAUGGGAGGAGCUCUGGUAAAUGUUGGCUCAAUGUCUCUGUAGAGCAUCGUCUCACCUGUCCUCAGACCAUAGAGGCAGCACAAGGAGAUGAUGCCAUUAUACAGUGUCAGCUGGACCCCCCCGUCGACUUGUCUGACUACACGCUGGAUGUGACGAGACUCGACCUCGGUAUCUAUGGUGAUGUCUACUCCUAUCGACGGGGAGAGGACCAACAGGAUGACCAGAUGGAUCGAUACAGAGACAGAACAACUAUCAACCAUGAAGACCUGAUCAGAGGCAUCGUGACUCUGAAGAUCUCCUCAGUAACUCUGUCUGAUAGUGGUCCAUACAAAGUCUACAUCAAAAAGCUGCGAGCCCGUUCUGUUAUUAACAUCACUGUUGGCUCUGCAAAGGAGGAAUCUGUCUGGAAAAUAGUGCUGGCCAGUGUCUUUGGUGUUGGUACUGCUGCUGCUGCUGCUGCUGCUGUUGUUGUUGGUGCUGUUGGUGUUGGUGGUGUUGGUGGUGUUGGUGGUGUUCUUCUUCUUCUCCUGGUGAAACGUGGAGUCAUCUGGAAGAAGAUGUAAGCAGCAGAGACGAGUGAAACGAUGACAUACCUGAGGCCAGAGGACGAUGUCCUGUAGACCCACGCAGCGCUGCAGGACACGGUCUGAGAGACUCGGUGGUCCGAGACCAUAAAAACACAUCCAAACUUCAUCAGCUUAACCCUCUAUGGCAGGAAAAUUAGCUCUUGAUCUAAAACCUGGUACUAUGCAUCUCUCCCCUUGGGGUUAAUGUUUAUUGUACGCUGUCCCUGUUUCUCGUGGGUUAUUGUUUCAAUCUGUCUGUUUUUGGUAAAGCACACUGAUUUCCUGUUCUGUGUUAAAAACCUCGGGAAGCAGUUGCUGGUGGAGGUAAAACAGAGGUGAAGGUCACAUUUCUGGAACGUAGCUUUUGGUGACUCUUGCGUAGGCCUCCAGCGAUGUAGGACUUGAAGGUAUACAGCUUCAUUUGUUCCUCCUUUCUCAUGUUUGUGCUUUCUCGAUCUCUCCGGUAGAGAAGCCAGGUGGUCACGGUGAUCAUAUCCAGGAAGAGGAACACCAGCUGCUGGUACCACUUCUUUGAUCUGGUUUUGGUCCGGUACAGUGCAGUCAGUGAAUCAAGCAGAUCCAGAACCUUCCCAAUGGUUUUUAUUCUAAAGAUCCACGUCCGGCUCUCUUUAGGUCAGUAAGAGGAACUCUUGUAAACCAGUUGUCGGAGUAGAGCUUGUAGUUCUUUAGCUGAGCCAGGCGGAGAACAACGAUGCCACGUGCUCCCAUAUCUACGACAGCAUUAGGGCCACAUCAAGGGGAAAAAAACAAAGGAGGAAGAUUUAUUUAUUUAUUUUGCAUUUCCAGAAUAAAGUCGAAAUGUCGAGAAUAAACUUGAUAUUUUAAGAAACGUUGGACCAAACCUAAACCAAAGCUGCUAGUCUUCUACUAAAUGCCUUGUGAAGGCCUAUAUGAACUUGUGAAUUUAUACUUCAGAAUCAGUUUUAAUAACAAGGAAAUUAUUCCUCUUUUAGCGCAUAAACACAGUAUGGUGAUAAGGAUUAGGACUUUUAAGAGAUGUUGCCGAAAAUUGGGUCUGUUCAGAAGGACGAACCACACAAAUUGGUAGAGGUGGCCGUAUUCAAGGCUGCAAACUGAAGUAGCUUUGUAAUGGACAGAUGCAAUAAGGGUAUCCAUGGUUACACCUACGCAUAUGUUGUAUCACAAGACCCAAUAAGACAACUGAUCAAAUAGUUUGAUCCUGAAGGAGUGGAGGUCAGGCGAGGAUGUAACCUGUAGCCUAUCUGUGAUGUUGGCUACAUGGCAGCUGGCCUGGUGGACAGUCGCUCUAAUGUGAUUUAUU